AUGGCACUUUUGCCGAGAAAAGAAAUAAAGACGCUUGAGGAACCAAUUUCGAUAAAGAGUGGGUUUUUUUCUGAACACAUAGAAAAAAAUAAAACAUUUUUCUUUUUCACGUGAAAUUGCGGACUCAUUGUUCUGACCGCGUGAAGACACACGACUCCGCCCUCUUUUAUUUUCAAAAUUUGCAAUUUUGCGGCGCACUCUCCAAAUUUCAAUGGAAAAAAUAACGAAAUUUCUUUGACACGUGGAAAAACGUGAAAACAAAACGGGCUUUUUUCGAGUCUGCAAACACCGGACAGCAGCAAAAAUUGUUCUAUUUUUUUCUAUGUGUCUGAAUGAGACUUUUAUUAUGAAAAUUGAUAAACUUUUCAGAUCAGACUGAUGGUUUCAAAAGUUUGAGUUUGUCUGACCCAACUACAGUAACACCAAGUGAGUAAUAGAACUAAAUUUUAAAUGCUUUUUUCGAGACCGAAAUUAAAAAUUCUCAACAGAAUAUUUCACAUUCCAUUAAUCAUUGGGUUUACUAUAUAGCUUUAAUUUGAAAUUAUAAAAAAUUUCAGAAAACACAAACUCAACCAAACCUGUGCAAAACUUGGCAAUUUUUGACAAAUCAUUGACUGGUCUCCCAGAAUCUGCAACUGUCAAAAAUCUCAUCGAAUCGGCAAAAAGCACAGAACACAUUGUGGAAUCGACAACCAGUUCAAAUUUGGCGGAUCGGAAAAGCGUUGAUACAUCUGAAGUUCUUCCUGGAUCGAUCAAAUUAGAACAACUUUCCCAAAGUUAGUUAUUUUUCUCAAAAAAAAAUAGAUCACUAAAAAAUCUUCAGAUGUUGAGCAAUUUGCAACAACUGAACAUGUUUCGGAGCCAACUAUCAAUUUGGUAGAUCAGAAAAAUGUGGAAUUAGAAAAUUCUACAAUCUCAGAACUGACAACUUCAAAAUCACUAAUCCAAUCGGAAAAACAGAGAAAUAGUGAAACAAUUGAAACAUCAACGAUUUUUAUACCAGUAAAAGAUAUUAUUGAUCGAAAUGGUAAGAAAUAUUUUAUAUUAGAAUAACAUAAUAUUCUGCAGAUGAUAGUAUUCUUUCAUCAACACCAUCAAAUGAACAAUCAACUGCUCAUCAAAGUUUGGUUAACAAAAUCGGUUCAGAGAAUCUUCUUGAAGUAACAACGACAGGAAAUAUCAGUAAAUCUUCAGAAGGUUUGUUUUUGUUAUAAAAACAUCAAAUUAUUAUAUUUUUUAUAGAUCUUGAAAAUGUUUCCUCCUCUGUGAAUCCAAUCGAAUCCUCUACUCUUCAAAGCUUGAUCAAUCAAAAAUCAGACAUUGAAACAGAUUCAUCAAUUUCCCAACUUAUCACAUCAACCACUCUUCAAAAUUUAGUAGAUCAAAAACCAAAUGCAAGAAAAACUUCGGUAUCUGAGAUCAAUAUUGGAGCAAAGAACACACUGACAGAAAUCGAAACAAAACUGAGAAGCUAUGAAGAGAAACUACUGGAAAAACUUAGAAAAGCUGAGAUAAACGCCGAAAAUGAACUAAAAGCAGAAAAAGUUGAGGCUCUCGAAGAAAUAACAGACGCCAAAGAAAAGUUGAAAUUAGAAGUAGCGAAUGCUGUUAAAAAUAUCAAAGAAGUUGGAAAAAAAGGCAGAAGCUCAAUUGAAAAAAGAGGAAUCUCGCAUCUUAUCAAGUCUUACAAAAGUUGA